AUUUUCUCUUUAUUAAUAAUUACUUCUAUUGUCUUUUUAAUUAGUUUUGUUGUAAUAGGCUUAGCCUCUAUUCUUUCUAAAAAAACAAUUAUUGAUCGAGAAAAGAAUUCUCCAUUUGAAUGUGGAUUUGACCCAAAAGUUAACUCUCGACUUCCCUUUUCUCUUCAAUUUUACUUAAUUGGAAUUAUUUUUUUAAUUUUUGAUAUUGAAAUUGCCUUGCUUCUCCCUAUAAUUUUAUCUUUUAAAAUUUCUAACAUUUCUAUUUGAAUAUGAACAAGAAUUAUUUUCUUAUUAAUUUUAAUUAUUGGCUUAUUUCAUGAAUGAUAUCAAGGAGCCUUAAAUUGAACUGUUUAA